AUGUAACUGUCAAGCUAUGUAAAUAUCAACAACUUGAUCGUUGUUUAUUUGGUUUUUUACGAUCGGGUUUGGGUAUCGUCGUUGACAUUUCGUAAGUGUCAAAAUGGUGUCGACUCGCGGUCUUAAGUUUAAAUUUUCCGACGGCGAAAAAGUUUUGUGUUACGAACCUGAUCCUACUAAAGCUAAAGUGCUUUACGACUCUAAGGUUCUUGAUGUUAUUGUUAAUAAAGACCAAAGAGGAAGAAAAGCUGUUGAAUAUCUUAUACACUUUCAGGGAUGGAAUUCUUCUUGGGAUCGUUGUGUAACAGAAGAAUAUGUGCUCAAAGAUACUGAAGAAAAUCGCCAACUCCAAAGGGACUUAGCUCAAAAAGCUCAAUUGCAAUUAGGAGCAUACUUGUACAGACGUGAACGUAAGAAACGGAGUCAUAAACAUUCGGAUCGUUCAGAAUCAGGUACUGAAGUAAAGAGAAGAGCAAGAAGUACUGGAAGCCAUGCUGCUUCUGGAACUACAGGAUCAUCUGAAGAUGGCAGCUCUGGGCAGCAUGAAGAUUAUGAUACAGAGGAUAUUGUUACAGAAGAUUCUGAAAGUAGUUCAGAAUAUGGAGAAUCAUCUGGUGAUGAUGAAAGUAACGGAGGCAGUCAAUCAGGCGCAAGUACACGACCUGGUGUGGACAUUGACAUAAGUAAUACUCUUAAAAAAGUAUUGGAACAAGAUUAUGACUUGAUACAUAAUAAAAAUAAGCUAGUUGUAUUACCAGCACAACCAACAGUUAUUACAAUUUUAGAAUCAUGGGUACAGCAUUACACUACAACUCAUCUAACGAACAUUCCUGACAAACCAUCAAGAAACAAUAAAAUACAAAAUACAUUGGAAAAAACAAUUACAGAAAUAAAUCUUGUGAGAGAGGUAGCUGAUGGGUUGAGAGUAUACUUUGAUUUCACUCUCAGUGACCUCUUACUGUAUGCUCCUGAAAAAGACCAAAAUGCUCAAAUGAAACUUUUACCAAUAGUCACCAAUCCCACAGAAAUGUCAACAAAGGAUGAAACUACAGACUCUGAUACAAAUGUAAAAGAAGAAGCAACAGAAGAAACGGAAUUUGCUCACUUACCUCCUUUCAAAGAGCAAGAAGUUGAACAGGAAAAGGCAGCCAUUCGUAGUACAAAACGUAAGCUACGAUCGAGUCGUUUAUAUUGUGAAGAACCAAAGCCUCCUAGAGCCGAAGAAAUAAAACAAGAAACUGGAAAUUUGUCAAGUCUUGCAAGUACAAGUUCUAGAUGUUCAAGUCCAAGAGGAGUAAGUUUGAGAAUAUCAAAUGUUCCUGUCAUUAAUUCAGCUCAAAUUAAUGCUUUAUUAGAAGAAUCAAAUAAAUGGAGGUUAAUGCCAAAUAAUACUAAUAGUCAACCGAAACCGUCAAUGAUUUAUGGGGCAAUUCAUUUAACACGUUUAUUUGUUAAGUUACCUGAACUCCUUCAAGCAUCAGAUAUUACAGAAAAGAAAUUAAAAGUAGUUUUGAAAAAUUUGGAUAUGUUCUUGAGCUAUUUAGAAAUUCACAACAAAGAGUGGUUUGGAGAACAAUUUUAUACGCAGAGAAUUAAUUCUUCGGAAGAAACUACCGCAGAUUCUUAAUUUUAAUUUGUCAUUGUAAAAUAUUUUUUGUACCGUGUACAUGUUUGAGAUAUUCUUUAGUUUUUUAUAUUGUGAUAUUCAUUUUAAUCAUGAAAACAAAUGUGGAUUUCUAUCUUUGUAUAGAUUAUUUUAAAAUCAAACGCGAAACUGACUGUAUUUUUAAAGUAAACAGAAUUUUAAAUAUAAAGUAUAU